AUGCCACGACCCCCUUCAACCUCAACCAUCCGUCUCAAGAACUCUCACCCCUCUCUGAUCCGAACGCAGCCCAACACGAAGAUGGCAGAGCCAAAGGAGCAAAAGGCAACAUCACCGCCGCCCUGCAAGGGCACCAUCCUCGUCACAGGCGCCAACGGCGGCCUCGGCAGGGGCUUCAUCACCGCACUGAGCAGAUCCCCGUACGCCAAGGACCAUCACGGCAUCUACCUAGAUCGCGACGAUGCCGCGGCGCAGGAGAUAGGCACCUUCAUCAAGACCAAGGUGCAGCCCAAGAGCAACAACCACCAGUGGGAGACGUCCGCCCUCGACCUAGGCAGCCUGGCCAAGAUCCGCGCCUUCGCGGCCACCAUCAACGCGCGCGUGGCAGAGGGUUCGCUCGAGCCCAUCCGCGCGCUCGUCCUCGUCGCCGGCUACCUGGAUGUCGCGCCCGAGGCGUCAAAGCCGCGGCGGUUCACGGAGAACGGCCACGAGGCUGUGUGGGGCAUCAACUACCUGGCCAACUUCCUGCUGGUGCUUCUGCUCCUGCAGUCGAUGGACAAGGAGCACGGGCGCGUCGUCAUGGUUUCCAGCUGGUCGCAUAACCCGUAUGAUAAGCGGAAUGCUGUGACGAAGCAUCUCGGCCUGCCGGAGUACAAGGUCCAGUACCGCGACACCGACACGCUGGCCAAGGGCGUCGAGUACCCGGACGAGGGGCAGAAGGCCGGGUUGAGGAGGUUCGAGCUCCAGAGGCGACUCUCGGUAGACCCAGAGCUCUCCAAGAUCUCUGUUAUUGCUAUGGAGCCUGGUGCGAUGAUCACCAACAUCGCAACAGGCGGCAAGCAGUCAAAGACUUUUAGCAAGGUGGCCAUAACGCUAUCCAAACUAACAUCGGCCGUGGCGCCGAACUCGCCCCUGCGGACGCCAUUGAAGUCCGGAGAGCACCUGUUGCGAGCCAGCUUCGACACGAAGGAAUUGGGCGAGCACCCCAAGGCGACCUAUCUCGACGGUGGAAAGAAGCGAAAGCCUGGGGACGAGGUGCAGGAUGAGGAGAAGCAGAAGAGGCUGUGGGGGGACACUUUGAAGCUUGUGAACCUGCAACCGGGGGAGACGGCACUACAGGAUUUGACUGUCUAG